GCGCACAGUUUUGCUGAGUUCACGUAAUAGCACGAAUCUGAAAACCUCUCACCAAAAACCCUAAACGAGAUCGGAGCUACGAAGCAGAAAGCACAAUAAGGAGUUGUUUGUUUUCUCCCAAUCUUCGACUCGUCUCUUCUUUCGCUAAGUAAUGGCUACGAUACCAGUAAACCCGAAACCAUUCUUGAACAACUUGACCGGAAAGACAGUUAUUGUUAAGCUCAAAUGGGGAAUGGAAUACAAAGGUUACCUUGCCUCUGUUGACUCCUACAUGAACUUACAGCUGGGAAACACCGAGGAAUACAUUGACGGCCAAUUGACGGGAAACCUUGGUGAGAUCUUAAUCAGAUGCAACAACGUUUUGUACGUGCGAGGUGUGCCAGAAGAUGAAGAACUCGAAGACGCUGAUCAAGACUAGCCUGUGCUUGAGGACUUAGAUAUCACCAGUCUGUUUGAACCUUCAUUGUAUUCUAUCAGCAUUUUAAUACAAUUUGUGAGAUUUCAGUAUGCUGUUCUUGAAUCUUUUGAGAUGUUGAUACGUUUAAAACUGAAAGUCACAAGCUGUUUAGCGAAAUGAAAGACCAAACUUCUUGCUGGUUUUGUGUAA